AUUUUAUCUAUUUAGUAUUAAACAUGGCCAGUAAAUUCUUUUCAACUCUCGAAUCAGUCAUCAAAACCGAUGGUGCUGCUCUUGUAAAAAAAAUCAAUGGUGUCUACCAAUUCGAUAUUGAUGGCACUUCAUACUCUGUUGAUUUAAAAAAUGGUAAUGGUUCAUUCAAAGUCGGUAAACACGAAAAACCAGAAUGCACUAUCACUAUUAAAGAAGAAGAUUUUAUUCAAAUUUUAGAAGGUAAAUUAACCGAACAAACUGCCUUCAUGAAAAAGAAAUUAGCACUUAAAGGUAACAUGGCAUUAGCUAUGAAAUUCAAACACAUUGUUGAAGCUGUUAAAAAAGCCUCAAAAGGUGCUGCCCCAGCUGCCUCAUCAGGUGCUUCAUCAGGUGCUUCAUUAGAUGAUGGUACUCCAUUAGGCAAAGUUUUCGAUACCUUACAAAAAACUGUCAUUGCUAAACCAGAAUUAGUUGGUCAAAUUAAAGGUGUUUACCAAUUCGAUAUCACCACCCCAUCAGGUGUCAAAAAAUUCACUGUUGAUUUAAAGAAUGGUAAAGGUUCAGUUACUACUGGUGCUGCACCAAAAGCUGACUGUACCAUUACAAUGGCCGAAGCUGAUUUCCUCGACUUAAUGUCUGGUAAAUUAAAUGGUCAAGUUGCUUUCACCAAAGGCAAAUUAAAGAUUAAAGGUAACAUGGGUUUAGCCAUGAAAUUAGGUAAAAUCACUCAAGCCAAACCACAAGCUAAAUUAUAAACAACUAAUAAUAAUAAUUACAACAACAACAACAACAACAACAACAACAACAACAACAACAACAACUAUAACAAAAACAAAACUUCAAAUAAUGCAAACAACCGUAAAAUAGUCUUUUUUUUUAAUCACCAAAUAAAUUACAUAAUUUUUUUUUAAAAAAG